GUGUGUGUGUGUGUGUUUCCACUUCGCCGCGUUGGGUUCGAGCAGCAGAAUGGGUGCUCGCUCGUUUGUCCUGUGAUGCGGAGAGGAGGACGCGCCGGGGAAGCGGUUGUGUUGCUGCAGCGGGGGUCUGUGUCGCUGGAGCGGGCUAGCUCACUGCGCUAGCUCAGGCAGGAUGAUCCGCUGGAUCCGACAGCAGCUGGGCUUCGACCCUCCCCAUCAGAGUGACACACGCACAGUUUACAUAGCAAACAAGUUCCCACAGCAUGGCCAUUAUAUUCCUCAGAGGUUUGCAGACAACAGGAUCAUUUCCUCCAAGUACACCAUAUGGAAUUUCAUCCCCAAGAAUUUGUUUGAGCAGUUCAGAAGAAUCGCCAAUUUUUAUUUUCUCAUCAUCUUCUUGGUUCAGUUAAUGAUAGAUACACCCACUUCCCCUAUAACUAGUGGACUUCCGCUGUUCUUUGUCAUCACAGUAACUGCCAUCAAACAGGGCUAUGAAGACUGGCUGAGGCACAAAGCUGACAAUGAAGUGAAUGGAGCACCUGUAUUUGUCGUGCGCAGUGGCAGUCUGGUCCAAACCCGAUCUAAAAACAUCCGAGUAGGUGAUAUUGUGAGAGUAGCCAAAGAUGAGACGUUUCCUGCAGAUCUGGUGCUUUUGUCAUCAGAUCGGGCCGAGGGGACGUGCCACAUCACCACUGCCAGCCUGGAUGGAGAGACUAACCUGAAGACACACUAUGCGGUGCCAGAAACGGCGGUGUCGCAGUCGGUGUCGCGGCUGGAGUCUCUCCAGGCGGUGGUGGAGUGCCAGCAGCCAGAGGCAGACUUAUACAGGUUUGUCGGGAGAAUAACAGUAACCCAACAAGGAGAGGAGAUAGUCAGACCCUUAGGAUCAGAGAACCUCCUGCUUCGAGGAGCAAGAUUAAAAAACACCAAAGAAAUCUUUGGUGUAGCCGUGUACACAGGCAUGGAGUCCAAGAUGGCUCUUAACUACAAGUGCAAAUCCCAGAAGCGCUCUGCAGUGGAGAAAUCCAUGAAUACAUUUCUCAUCAUCUACUUGGGCAUUCUGCUGUUUGAAGCCAUCCUCAGCACUAUUUUAAAGUACGCCUGGCAGGCAGAGAACAAGUGGGAUGAGCCGUUUUACAACCAGAAGACCGAUCAGGAGAGAAACAGCAGCCAGAUUUUAAAGUUUAUUUCCGACUUCCUGGCAUUCCUGGUGUUGUACAACUUCAUAAUCCCCAUCUCGCUGUACGUGACUGUUGAGCUGCAGAAGUUUCUGGGCUCUUUUUUCAUUGGCUGGGACUUGGAUCUGUACCAUGAAGAGAGCGACCAGAAGGCUCAAGUCAACACAUCAGACCUCAAUGAGGAGCUGGGCCAGGUGGAGUACGUUUUCACAGACAAAACGGGAACCCUCACUGAGAACGAGAUGCAGUUUAGGGAGUGUUCUAUCAACGGGAUCAAAUACCAGGAGAUCAACGGGAAGCUCGUCCCUGAAGGAAUGACAGAAGACUCUCCAGACGGAUCGGUGCCUUGUUUGAACGGGGAGGAGGAGUUGUUCCUGAAAGCCGUCUCACUGUGUCACACGGUGCAGAUCAGUUAUGAUCAAACAGAUGGGCCGGGAGACCCGUUCUCACAUGCCAACGGCUUCUCGCCUCAGAUGGAGUAUUACGCCUCUUCUCCUGAUGAGAAAGCACUCGUGGAAGCCACCAAGAGGAUGGGUGUCACAUUUAUAGGAAGCCAUGGAGAAAUCAUGGAGAUUAAAACAUUAGGAAAAGCAGAGAAGUACAAACUCCUCCACGUUCUGGAGUUCGACGCGAACCGCAGGAGAAUGAGUGUGAUUCUGCAGAAGCCCUCAGGUGAAAAGGUGCUAUUCACAAAAGGAGCCGAAUCAGCCGUUCUGCCCUACACCACGAGCGGAGAGAUCGAUAAAACCAGAGUCCACGUGGAUGAGUUUGCUCUGAAGGGUUUGCGGACGUUGGUGGUGGCCUGCAGACACUUCAGUGCAGAUGAGUAUCAGGAAGUGGACCGGCGGCUCCAUGAAGCCAGAACGGCUCUGCAGCAGAGAGAGGAACGACUGGUCGAGGUCUUCAACUUCAUCGAGAAAGACCUGGAGCUGCUGGGAGCGACUGGGGUGGAGGACAAGUUGCAGGACAAGGUCCAGGAAACGAUUGAAUCUCUGCGACUUGCUGGGAUCAAGGUGUGGGUGUUGACCGGUGACAAGCAUGAGACGGCGGUUAGCGUGAGCCUCUCUUGUGGUCACUUCCAUCGCACCAUGAACAUCCUGGAGCUCGUGCAGCAGAAAUCAGACCGCGAGUGUGCCGAGCAGCUCCGCAGACUAGCCCGCAGGAUCAAAGAGGAUCAUGUGAUCCAGCAUGGGCUGGUCGUGGACGGGGCCAGCCUUUCCCUGGCUCUGCGGGAACAUGAGAAACUCUUCAUGGAGGUGUGUAAGAACUGCUCGGCGGUGCUCUGCUGCAGAAUGGCACCUCUCCAGAAAGCCAAGGUGGUGAGACUGUUGAAGACUUCUCCUGAGAAGCCUAUUACAUUAGCCAUCGGAGAUGGAGCCAACGACGUCAGUAUGAUCCAAGAGGCUCACGUUGGUAUUGGAAUCAUGGGCAAAGAAGGAAGACAAGCCGUAAGAAACAGCGACUAUGCAAUCGCCAGGUUCAAGUUCCUUGCCAAAUUGCUGCUUGUGCACGGCCAUUUCUACUAUAUUAGAAUAGCAACCCUUGUGCAAUACUUUUUCUACAAGAAUGUGUGCUUUAUUACUCCCCAGUUUUUAUACCAGUUCUUCUGUUUGUUCUCACAACAAACCCUUUAUGACAGCGUGUAUCUGACGCUGUAUAAUAUCUGCUUCACCUCUCUGCCCAUACUGGUAUACAGUCUGUUUGAGCAGCUGGUGCAUCCACAUGUUCUGCAGAGCAAACCAGCACUUUACAGAGACAUCAGUAAAAACUCCCUGCUGUCCUUCAAAACCUUCUUGUACUGGACUUUCCUGGGCUUCUGCCACGCCUUCGUCUUCUUCUUUGGCUCCUACAUCCUGAUGGGAGAAGACACCACACUGAUGGGAAACGGACAGAUUUUGCGAGCUAACAGGCAACUGGUAAGAGUUGACUGGAUUCCAGUUGAUGCAUGUGUCCUCUCUAAUGAGCAGCUGUCUCUCUGGUUUGGUUUCGCUGCCCGCUGUAUGAGCGGCUCUGAUCUCUAUUCUUUUGAUACUCUGUCAUCAUGA